CAAUGUUCCAGUUGCUCUACUUCUUCGGAUGGAAUUGGACUCAGAAUCACAACAAUGGCAUGGAUGGGAACAACAAUGCCUGCGACACCAUGAGUCACUCCGCUACCCUUGGGCAGGAUGACGUCUGCCUUGGUGGUUGGCACCAGCAUCACAUCUACGGCUUUGCACAGGGAGAUCAGGCAUACACAUCCUCCAGCACGUAUGAUGAAGCCGUUCAGCAUUUCACGGGCAUUAUUGGUGCCAAUGAUGAUGGAGGGUUCCGGUACUAGAGGGGCUAGGAGAUUUCUUAACCCUCGUUGGUGCGUUGAUUUGCAAAGCAAACAACUUGAGCUGAUGGACUUUUAGUCGGUGGGGCAAGAGAAUUUUGACUGAGAACCGUUGGACACGAAGAGUUUGAAUGAGAUGAUGGGAUGACCAUGAUUUGUUGUACAAUGAAUACCACAAAGUUG